GGGAGCAAUUGGAAAUCACGCUAAGCCUCGCCAGUUCAUUUCGCGAUUCAGCGUUCUUGUUGACCUGGACAACUACAGCUCAGAACAUCUGCAAACCCAUGGAUGCCAUUAUUGACAAGCACUUCGAGCGCGUGGAAAAAGCUUUGGCAACUCUGAUCAACUCGAUUUCAACCUACAAUCCGAACCCAUCUCUUGCCAAUGAUCUUGUCACCGCGGACGCAGAGCUUAGCCAAGGCUUAGAGCAAUUAACCACCCAUCAAAACAAUCAUUCGAAGCUCCUGGCCCUUCGCGCGACAUCCAGCGCCCUUGAUACCCAAAUCCGCGAGACGUUGACCCUCCUUGUCACCACCCGACGCGACCUCAUCGCAACACCCGCCUCUUCAUUUCCUACAAACACAAACCCUGUAACUACCACCGAACUUCUAUCAUACGCCCGCCGCAUCAGCAAAUUCACUCUCCCACCUACAACUCGGCAGACGGACCACCAAGCAACAUCUGGCGAUGCCGGAGACAAUACCCCCAAAGAGCCACAAUCGCAGACACAAACAAAUGGGACGACGACUCCCGUGGUAGCUACAAACGGCGUUAUCAGCGGAGAACAAACGCAAGCCACGCAAUCCCAGGCAGCGCCUAGCUCGGCGAUGGAUAUUGAUCAAUCGCAACCAGUAGCAGGGGAUACGCAAACCACGGACACAACAGGCGUAGCUACCAACUCGCAAAUAUGGGGGAGCUUCUUUGAUGCCGCAAGAGAGGGGAUGUGGGUCCCGUGGCCGACGGAGGAGACUAUUAGGAGGGGUAACUUGGCUAGUAUCCAGGUCUUGCUUGAUCAGGGAGUUGAUCCUUGGACGUUUGAUCCGGAGAAGAGUGCUGAGUUGGAGGCGGAUAGGAAGAGGAUUGCGGAGGAGGAAGAUAUGGCUAGAGAGGUGGAUAAAGCUAGAGUGGAUGAGGAGAGGAGACGAGAGAUGGAGAGGAGGAUGAGUUCUAGUGGUGGUGCUGGGAUGGAGAGGAGGGAGGAGGCACCGAAGGUGUUUCAGUUGGAGACUUUUGACGAUGAUGAAGAUGAUGACUGAUGGGUCAGUCUGUACUUGGAGAGCAGAAUGUAUUUCUUUCUUCUGCGGGCAAUUCCAGAGUUGGGCUUAGCAAUUGGAUCAACUUGCUAGUCAGAACUGGAUUUCAUGCAGCUCAGGUGCUUAGAUUCCUGCAACACAUUUCGAGGGCAGAGCCUUCAUAGACUUAGUGGGACAAUGUAGCAAAUUGAUUCCAGUAUCUUCGC